UGUUGUGCAAUUCGUGUCUACUUGCAGUGAUAUGGGUGGAAUAGUAAAUGUUAUGGGCUGUCGAAGAAAAACCCCCGAGAAAAUUGUUUACAUAGCUGGGCAAAGUGAUGCUGGAAAAACCACAAUUUUAUAUAAAUACAAAUUGGGAACGAAUCACCCCAUAGAGACCUGUCAUACAACAGGUUAUUUUCAAGAGACAAUCGUACAUAGAGGCAUAUCUUUUAAUAUGGUAGACAUGGGAGGUGGCGAGAAGAUACUACCGUGUUGGUUACGUGUGUUUGACAAUGCGAGUGUCCUAAUAUUUGUAAUUGAUUCUACAGAUACUAUGUGCAUAUCGACGUCGGACUAUUAUUUACGUAGUUGGAUUGAAAAUCUCGAAAAAAACCAAUUGGUAGUUCUUAUAUUUGCAAAUAAACAGGACCUGCCUAAUGCGAUGACAGUCGAGGAACUCACUGACAAAAUGAAUUUGAAGUCAUUAAGAAUACCAUGGCAUAUCCAACCAGCAUCUGCAAUUAACGGAGAGGGAAUUAAUGAAGGGUUAGAUUGGCUUUGUCAAACAAUUUGGAAUACUGAAAAUGGUGAAAGUCUCAACUGAGAAUACAUUUUUGAGUUCACACUUGAACUCUAUGUACAUAAUUAAUCCUCUAUAGUUCUAUUUUGCCUCACUCUGACACCAUAUUGGAGCACAAUUUUAAACAAACUGAAAUUCAAAUAAGGCAAUUGGGUUGUGCGCAUGCGCGUGCUAAAAUUAUUUAGACAACAUUUCAAACAAAUCGCUCUACAAGUAUAUGGAAAUUAGGUUCUGUGCAUGCAUACUUUGUACACGUUUAUUUUUUUUGGAAUAAAUAUAUAUUUUCUAACGCA